AUGUCAUUCAUCAAACCCCUCCGUCUCGCCCAUACACUUUCCAAACAGACGCAUUCUCCUGUACGCACCUAUUUUUCCAUCCACCAUCCAGAUCCACGCCCUUUCCCACCGACUCAAGAACGCAUCCUGUCGGCCGCCCUUGCUAGGGUGCCACAAUAUGGAUUCACAGAAGACGCAAUCAUCCUCGGUGCCAAAGAUGCCGGCUACCUGGAUGUCACCGUUCAGCUUUUCCCACGUGGAGUCUUCGACCUGAUUAAUUAUCAUCUGAUCACCAAAAGACUUGCACUGAAAGACACGGUGCAAUUCUCCACAGCUGCCAAUCUAGGCUUGACCUCAAAAGUCAAGGCGUUGGCCAUGGCUCGACUACGCGCGAACACAGACAUCGUUCAUCAAUGGCAAGGAGCUCUUGGCCACAUGUCACUUCUCGGCAACAUCCCUGCCUCAUUGAAAGAGUUAAACGCGCUCUCGGACGAGAUCUGGUACCUCGCUGGCGACACUGCCGUGGACUUCUCGUGGUAUACAAAGAGGGCUUCUUUGGCAGCGGUUUAUGCAAGCUCAGAAAUGUUCAUGACCACGGACUCUUCAGCAAACUUCAGUGCCACUGAGGAAUUUCUCCAACGAAGAUUGAAAGAUGCGCAGAGCCUAGGAAGCACAGCAGGAGGCAUUGGACAAUACGUGGGAUUUUGGGCAGGCAAUAGCCUCAAUUUAGCCCGAUCCUGGGGCAUGAAGGUGUGA